GUGCCAACAAAUGUAACCUACACGCUUGCGGAUGUUAAUGAGGAGUCGCAGGGUAUCUACGCUGUCGAGAUGGUCCGGGCCGACUCGGUGACCGACGAACUACCGCCUGAGGGACAGCGACGUGAUGAGGUCGCCGUCGUGAUUCUACCCCCACCGCCGACCGUCUUCAUCCCGCGCAACGCCAGCGUGGAACCCGGUGGUAUGGUCAGACUCACCUGCAGUGUCUUCACACAGGCCAGCGAAGUCGAAAUCAACUGGUAUCGUGGUCAUGACGUACGCUUUAAGGUCAAGGACGGUCGUCGACACCAGAUUCGUACGGCGCCUGGGGAGGCAACUCCAGCUGGACGAACCUUCACAAGCACUCUUACUAUAGCGGAGGCACAAGACAUUGACGUUGGCAAGUAUAUCUGCGAGGCAGAACACAAGGGAGGCGUCAGUUCUGCUGAUGGUUUCGUCAUCAUCCAUGCCACUGAUGCCGGCCGUUAUUCGUGCCACGCUGCCAAUUCCGCCGGCGAGGAGAUCGCGAUCAUGAACGCCAAAUUCGUGGCCAGACCUGAAAUAGUUCGUGUAGAAUCGCAGCGUGAGAUGCCACAAGAAGGCGAGUCACAGGUGUUGCGCUGCCUCGCAACAGGUCAACCCCCGCCCACCAUCAAGUGGGAAUUCAAUGGCAGUCCGGUCAGCCAGAGCGCUAACAUUCGUGUGAACGAGACGACGGGUGAACUUAUGAUUAUGCAGGUGAAGAGGACUAUGACUGGCAAGUGGACUUGUGUGGCCGAGAACGUCGCUGGCACCACGCGUUCCUCGAUUUCAUUGGACGUUGGCUACAAACCGAAGAUGGAUGUGGGCUCGAUGCACGACAGGGUUCUGGGUGAAUUCGCCGCGGAUCUGCUCAUCCCCUGCUACGUUGAGGGCCAACCCGUGCCACAAAUCAAGUGGUAUAAGAUGGUGGGAUCCACUCAGGUGCCCGUCAGCUACGGCGAUCGUUACACUCUAGAUCCAGACAAUUCCCUGCACAUUCGAAAUGUCGACAUGGAGGAUGGCACAACAUUUAUUUGCGAGGCCUCAAACACCUAUGGCAGAGAUCAGCAUCACGUUACGGUCGAACUUGGUGGUAUAAAGGCGCCGACCAUCUCCUUCACCGAUCCGCGCCAGGUUAUCCUCGAGGGCAGUGCUGAAAAGGUGCUGACCUGUUACGUUUUGGAUGCCAAGCCACCUGCGACAGUGACCUGGCUAAAGGACAGUCAGGAAAUUGAUCUCAGUUCACCACGAUAUAGCGUUGUCGAUAACAAUCUGAUCAUCAGGGAUAUCAAGGGUAGUGGCAGCAGUGUGGAUUCGUCUGUGGUCAUCUCCAACGACGGCCAAACCCUGACUGUUUACGCGGUGACUGAGGAGACCAGUGGUGUCUUCACCUGCUCUGCCAUCAAUCCGCAUGCUGUGGAAAGCAAAGACUUCCAAGUCGUCGUGAAGACACCGCCAUUCAUCGAAAAGGAGGGCUUUGGUGACAUCGAAAUCGCCCAGAAUGAGGCUACGGUCCUCACCUGUUUGGUCAGCCAGGGCUUUCCCCAACCGGAGGUUCGUUGGUUCAAAAAUGGGCAGCCUGUGGUUCCUGUCCCUGGUCGCAUUACCAUGAUGGGAGGCGGUAAUAGCCUUGAAAUUCGAGGUGAGAGCGAGGAGGACACUGGAUCCUAUGAGUGUCGUGCCGAAAAUGAAGCUGGCAGUGAUUCAAGAUUCUACCAAGUCACGGUCCUGGUACCACCAACGUUCACGAGCACACAUGCACAGCGGCGACUUUUGGUACGCACUGGAGACCGAGUGGAUAUCAGCUGCGGAAUGACCGGCUAUCCGGAGCCAACUAUUUCUUGGACGUGGAAUGGACGUCCACUGGAGGGCAAGCUGACCGAUCUUGGAAUAGCAACUCGUCUUUCCAGCGACAGAAUGACAUCAUACCUCACCAUUAACAACAUGCAAGAGGACCUUCAAGGAAAUAAGCAUGCUUCCCACACUUCCAUUAUUGGUUUAUUUGUUCCCCACUACUUGACUGGCGAUGAUAGUCCGGAAACCUUAGACAUGUUUACCGGUGAUCCCGACGUAACACCAGUGUGCGAUAUACACGGACCUCUCAUCCAAAGGGCAGAUCUAAUACGCUCGGCUUCCGAUGCGAGUAAAAUGCCCCAAGAAGUGGCGGUGUGGGUGGAAUUCAUAUCCGGCUACACGUGUGUUGGACAAAAUAGAGGCGGCCAGACAUCUUCUGACUACGAAGUCAUCCUUCUUCGUGAACCCAAGAUUGUCGAUUUCAGUGAACGCGCGGUUGUCUUCCUCAACAACACAAUCACGCUGACCUGUGGAGCCGAGGGCAAUCCUAAACCAAAAAUCACUUGGUUGUUUAUGGGGCAACGGCUGUCACCCGACGAAACACCAGGCUACAGGUAA